GCUGCCCUCAGGAUCCCCCGCGGCCCCGUGCAGCAGCCCCUGGAGGAGCGGAUCUUCACGCCGACCGUCUCUGCCGUGUACAGCACUUUUAUCUCCACACAGGUAACACAAGUAGCAAGACAGCCGGGUCCUCCUGCCCCAUCCCCUUACACUGCACAUGAAAUAAAUAAGGGACACCCAAACAUUGCUGCAACGCCACCGGGACACGCGUCGUCCCCAGGGCUCUCGCAGGCUCCUUACCCCUCAGGACAGAAUGCAGCUCCAACCACGCUGGUGUACCCUCAAGCCCCUCAAACAAUGAACACUCAGCCUCAGACCCGCUCGCCGUUUGCAGCGGGGCCUCGACCUGCCCAUCACCAGUUUUUUCAGAGGCCUCAGAUCCAGCCUCCACGAGCCACCAUCCAGAACAGCAGCCCUUCCAUCCGUCCUGGUGCACAAACACCGACCGCAGUGUAUCAGACCAACCAACACAUCAUGAUGGUUAAUCACCUGCCGAUGCCGUAUCCCAUGCCUCAGGCCCCCCAGUACUGUAUACCACAGUAUCGCCACAGCGGCCCACCCUACGUCGGGCCCCCCCAGCAGUACCCUGUGCAGCCGCCGGGGCCGGGCCCCUUCUAUCCAGGACCAGGUCCUGGGGAAUUCCCCAAUGCCUACGGAACACCUUUCUACCCGAGUCAGCCGGUGUAUCAGUCAGCACCCAUCAUAGUGCCUACGCAGCAGCAGCAGCCUCCACCAGCAAAAAGAGAGAAAAAAACGAUCCGGAUCCGGGAUCCGAACCAGGGGGGCAAAGAUAUAACAGAAGAAAUAAUGUCCGGCGGGGGCAGCAGGAACCCAACGCCUCCCAUCGUCAGACCCACCUCCACCCCAACCCCGCCUCAGCAGCUGCCCAGCCAGGUCCCAGAGCCCGGCCCUGUGCUCUAUGGGCCAGUGGAGAGCAGCCACCUCACUGCCAGCACUGCCGGCCCCGCAGCCAUCGCCCCGAAGCAAGAAGAGAAGCCAAAACCAGACCCAGUAUUAAAGCCGUCUUCUCCCGUGCUCCGGGCAGAGCCCACAGCAGAGAAGCAGGACCCGGCCCUGCCGGUGGCUGAGCCCAGCCCUCCGCACAGCCCGCCGGCCCCCUCUGUGGCCCCAUCGCCGCCCCCCGCCCCACUUGCGGCCGCUGCCACCGCCGCUGCUGCUAAACCUUCGCCCACCGCCGACCCCGAGGAGAGAUGUGAAGUCGCUUCCCCCAAGGAGGAGGUGAUGCCUCUCCCCAGCCUGGACGUGUCGGACCCAGUGCCCACAGAGGAGCCCCGUGGCGAGGCGUGCCAGGAGGCGGGCAGCCCUGUGGCACCCGGCGAUGUGCCGGUGACUGUGAGCGUGAGCAUGAACACCAGUAAGGAACUGAACGGAGUGAGUGAGAGCGUCGCUGCCGCAGAGAGUGGGGCCGACGUGGCUGCAGGGGACAUUGUGCCACUUGCUGCUGACCCACAGGAACCAGAGGCAGCUCCCGGGGACCUGGGCUCCGUGCCCCCCCCCAGCACCCCCCGUGUAGCCCCAUCCCCGCCGCCCGCCCCAGCUCCCAGCCCUCCUUCUCCUCCUGCUGCUCUGACCAGUACAGCCCCUUCCCCACCACUGCCUCUGCCUCCCGGUGCCCCCCCUGCUCAGGGAGAUGUGGAGGGAGAGGAAGGCUCAAGGACUGCUCCUAGUGAAGAGCUGACAGAUGCUGAGAAGAAGGAGGAGACGGAGGCGGAUGGGCAACUGGAGGAGAGCACGGAGGCUCUGAGCUUGAGCUCUAGGAAGAGUCCUGUCCCAGCCUCAACUGCUGUAACUGCACCAAAGACGUGGAAGAAACCAAAAGAGCGGACCCAGGGCACUGAGGAGGUGACAGAGGCAGAGGCAGAGCCUAAAGUAGAAGAGGAGCUCUCGAGUGACAAAGUACUUGAAUCUGAACAAGAUAACAUGAGCCAUGGGUUUCAGCUGGAGAGAGACCCCUCCGAACUUAAAAAAGUGAAACCUGUGGAAGAGAACGGAGAGCAGGAGGCAGAGCCUGUCCGCAAUGGUGCUGAGAGCAUGUCGGAGGGAGAGGGGGCCGACGUGAUCUCGGGCUGCACAGAGGGCUCUGCUGAAGGGCCUGCACUGCAGUACAAGCCAGAGCAGUGGAAGCCUCUGGACCCGGAUGGGAAAAAGCAGUACGACAGGGAGUUCCUGCUGGACUGCCAGUUCAUGCCUGCCUGCAUCCAGAAGCCAGAAGGGCUGCCUCCCAUCAGUGACGUGGUUCUCGACAAGGUGAGAGGAGAGCCCAUCAAACAGGUCAACCAGCCCAAAUUGCCACUGAGGACCCUGGACCCUCGGAUACUGCCUCGAGGCCCAGACUUCACGCCAGCCUUUGCUGAUUUUGGGAGGCAGCCUUCCGGUGGAAGAAACGUAUCUGGAAGUGCCUGCAAAGUGCAGAGCGGCCCUGGAUUGCCGUCCCUGGCUCGGUGCGGUUCCCCAGCAUGCCCUCUCUUGGUCUCGCCUCACCCACCAUUGAGGAACCUGCCAAUAGGGUUGUUGAAUGUUGGACCGAGGAGAUCUCAGCCGGGCCAGAGGAGGGAGCCCAGGAAGAUUAUCACGGUGUGUGUGAAGGAGGAUGUUCACCUGAAGAAGGCAGAGAACGCCUGGAAGCCGAGCCUGAAGAGGGAGAACCAAACUGAGGACCCUGAAAAUGUCAAAACCCAGGAGCUGUUCCGCAAGGUACGAAGCAUCUUGAACAAGCUGACUCCCCAGAUGUUCAAUCAGCUUAUGAAGCAAGUCACAGACCUGACGGUAGAUACUGAAGAGAGGCUAAAAGGAGUCAUCGACCUGGUCUUUGAGAAAGCUAUUGAUGAGCCGAGCUUCUCCGUGGCGUAUGCAAACAUGUGCAGGUGCCUCGUGACGCUGAAAGUACCCAUGGCAGACAAACCUGGGAGCACAGUGAAUUUCCGCAAGUUGCUGUUAAAUCGCUGCCAGAAGGAAUUUGAAAAGGACAAGGCUGACGAUGAUGUCUUUGAAAAGAAACAGAAAGAGCUUGAAGCUGCUACCACUCCAGAGGAGAAGACCCGGCUCCACGACGAGCUGGAAGAGGCCAAGGACAAAGCGCGGCGGAGAUCCAUUGGGAAUAUAAAAUUCAUCGGCGAGCUUUUCAAACUGAAAAUGCUGACGGAAGCGAUCAUGCAUGACUGUGUGGUAAAGCUGCUAAAAAACCACGAUGAGGAGUCCCUCGAGUGCCUUUGCCGCUUGCUGACUACCAUUGGCAAGGACUUGGACUUUGAGAAAGCAAAGCCUCGCAUGGACCAGUAUUUUAAUCAGAUGGAGAAGAUUGUGAAAGAGAGGAAAACGUCUUCAAGGAUUCGGUUCAUGCUGCAGGAUGUGAUAGACCUAAGGCUGUGCAACUGGGUUUCACGGAGAGCAGACCAAGGCCCGAAGACCAUUGAGCAGAUUCAUAAAGAAGCCAAGAUAGAAGAGCAGGAAGAACAGAGGAAGGUCCAACAACUCAUGACCAAAGAGAAGAGGAGACCAGGUGUCCAGCGGGUUGAUGAAGGCGGAUGGAACACUGUGCAGGGGACAAAGAACAGCAGAGUGCUGGACCCUACCAAGUUCCUUAAAAUCACCAAGCCCACAAUAGAUGAGAAGAUUCAGCUUGUGCCUAAAGCCCAGUUGGGCAGCUGGGGAAAGGGCAGCAGUGGUGGAGCAAAGGCAAGCGAGAUGGACUCCCUACGACCAAGUGCCACUAGUUUGAACAGAUUUUCUGCACUUCAGCCUCCAGUCUCAUCUGUAUCUGCCUCAUCUGCAUCCUCAGAACUAGAUUCUCGCAGGGCCUUAACGAGUCGCGGGAGCACAGGCAGGGAGAAGAACGAUAAACCUCUCCCACCUUCCCUGUCCCGCCCCAACACCUUCCUCCGGGGCAGCAGCAGUAAGGAGCUGCUGCUCGACAAUCAGGCACAGGAGGAGCAGAGGAGAGAGAUGCUGGAGACGGUGAAGCAGCUGACAGGCGGCAUGGAGAUGGACAGGAACAGCGCAGAGGCAGAGAGGAGCAAAGCCAAGGAGUCUGCCAAGCCAGAAGCUCCCCCAGCCCCAGUUCAAGAGAAGCCUUCGUUAUCAGAAGAGGAAAUUGAGAGAAAAUGCAAAUCUAUCGUUGAUGAGUUCUUGCAUAUUAAUGAUUUUAAGGAGGCGAUGCAGUGCGUGGAGGAGCUGAGCGCCCAGAGCCUGCUGCCUGUGUUUGUGCGAGUGGGAGUGGAGUCAACGCUGGAGAGGAGUCAGAUCACCAGGGAUCACAUGGGCCAGUUAUUACAUCAGUUGGUGCAGUCAGGAAAGCUGAGCAAGCAGGAUUUCUUCAAGGGGUUUUCAGAUACCUUGGAGAUGGCAGAUGACAUGGCCAUAGAUAUACCCCAUAUAUGGCUGUACCUAGCUGAGCUGCUGACCCCCAUGUUAAAAGAAGGAGGAAUCUCUAUGAGAGAACUUAUACAAGAAUUUAGCAAACCUUUACUUCCUGUGGGAAGAGCCGGGGUCUUGCUUGCUGAAAUCUUGCACCUUCUAUGCAAACAAAUGAGCCAUAAGAAAGUGGGAGCCUUAUGGAGGGAGACUGGCCUCAGCUGGAAGGACUACUUACCUGAAGGGGAGGAUGUACAUACCUUUCUCAUGGAACAAAAGUUGGAGUUCACGGAGUCUGACUGUUCCAGUUCCCCAGAAGCACUUUCAGAGAAAGAACUCUCCGCAGAAGAGCUGAACAAGCAGCUAGAAAAACUCAUUGUUGAGGACAAGGCGAAUGAUGAACAAAUCUUUGACUGGGUAGAGGCUAAUCUAGAUGAAAGCCAGAUGAGUUCACCUACAUUCCUUAGAGCUUUAAUGACAGCAGUUUGUAAAGCAGCUAUUAUAGCCGACUCUUCUAGCUUCCGUGUGGACACUGCUGUUAUCAAGCAGAGAGUGCCGAUCUUACUCAAGUACCUGGACUCAGACACAGAGAAGGAACUACAAGCACUUUAUGCACUACAAGCAUCAAUAGUAAAACUUGAUCAGCCUCCCAAUUUGUUACGGAUGUUUUUCGAUUGCCUGUAUGAUGAGGAGGUGAUUUCAGAGGAUGCCUUCUACAAGUGGGAAAGCAGCAAGGACCCAGCAGAGCAGAACGGGAAAGGAGUAGCGCUGAAAUCUGUCACAGCAUUCUUCACAUGGCUACGGGAGGCUGAAGAGGAGUCAGAGGAUAAUUAAAACUUAAAAUACAGGAAAAAAAACAAAAACAA